CUCAAUUGCACAUUGCCAGGCACAAGCAUACAAACACAAUACAACACAAACAACGCCUGGAGAUAGAAAGAGAAAAAGAAGAGUCUGUGUACGAGCUCUGCCUCUGGCGCCUGUAAUUGAUAGCUCUGCUGGGUUGCAGAAGAGACAGAGCAAGAUAGUGACGAGAGAGAGAGAGAGAGUCUUAGCAGAUUUGACGCUUAAAUCGAGAUAAUACGUCGUGGAUUUGUUGCGGAGAGGGUGAAAUUUUGCUUUUAUAGGUCCCUGGGUGCGGCGUUGUGAGCUUAUCAGAUGACAUAUCUGAGUUUAGAGAUUUGAAUUGUAGGAAUGAUGGCCACUACUUCUUCAGAGGUGUCAAUAAAGACUUCCCACCAGAAUUCUGAGAGUCCUAUGAAAGGGCAGAAAGUUAUGAACCCCGAAACGGCGCUGUACAAGGAGCUUUGGCAUGCAUGCGCGGGUCCUUUAGUCACCGUGCCUCGUGAAAAGGAGCUUGUGUACUACUUUCCUCAAGGUCACAUAGAGCAGGUCGAAGCUUCAACCAAUCAAUUCGCUGACCAGCAAAUGCCAAUUUAUGAUCUUCGCUCAAAGAUACUGUGUCGCGUGAUUAACGUGCAGUUACAGGCUGAACCAGACACUGACGAGGUUUUUGCUCAAGUGACUUUGCUUCCUGAGCUAAACCAAGAUGAGAACGCUGUAGAGAAAGAGCCACCUCCUCCACCAUCUCCAAGGUUUCAUGCGCAUUCCUUUUGUAAGACGCUAACCGCGUCAGAUACGAGUACUCAUGGUGGGUUUUCUGUGCUCAGACGGCAUGCGGAUGAAUGUCUUCCACCGCUGGACAUGUCACGGCAGCCUCCUACCCAGGAGUUGGUUGCCAAGGAUUUGCAUGGAAAUGAGUGGCGGUUCCGGCAUAUCUUUAGGGGUCAACCACGUAGGCACUUGCUACAAAGUGGUUGGAGUGUUUUUGUUAGCUCAAAAAGGCUGGUAGCAGGGGAUGCAUUUAUAUUUCUGAGAGGUGAGAAUGAUGAACUUCGUGUUGGUGUGAGACGUGCAAUGAGGCAACAGGGUAACGUUCCAUCCUCUGUCAUAUCCAGUCACAGCAUGCAUCUUGGUGUCCUUGCCACUGCAUGGCAUGCAGUCUCCACUGGAACCAUGUUCACAGUUUACUACAAGCCUAGGACAAGCCCAGCAGAAUUUAUUGUUCCCUUAGAUCAGUACAUGGAAUCUGUUAAGAGCAAUUAUUCAAUUGGAAUGAGAUUCAAAAUGACAUUUGAAGGCGAGGAGGCUCCUGAGCGGAGGUUUACUGGCACCAUUAUUGGAAUUGAAGAUGCUGACCCCCAAAGGUGGAGAGAUUCCAAGUGGAGAUGCCUCAAGGUGAGAUGGGACGAGACUUCUUCCAUACCUAGGCCGGAAAGAGUUUCACCUUGGAAGAUAGAGCCUGCACUGGCUCCUCUGGCACUCAAUCCACUUCCAAUGCCUAGGCCCAAAAGGCCCAGAUCAAACAUGGUUCCCUCUUCACUUGACUCAUCUGUUCUGACAAGGGAAGGCUCAUCUAAGGUAAAUGUAGACCCUUCAUCAACUACUGGAUUUUCAAGGGUCUUUCAAGGUCAAGAAUUCUCAACCUUGAGAGGCAAUUUUGCUGAGAGAGAUAGCAAUGAGUCUGAUACGGCUGAGAAGUCUGUUGUCUGGCCGCCUUCACUUGAUGAAGAGAAGAUUGAUGUGUUUUCUGCUUCAAGAAGAUAUGGGUCUGAGAACUGGGUGCCAGCAGGGAGGCAUGAACUACCUUAUACAGAUUUGCUGUCUGGCUUUGGUACAAACACUGAUUCUAUCGUUGGGUAUAUUCCAUCCAUUGAUCAAUCCUUAAAAUCGGUAGUUCCAGUGAGAAAGAGCUUUCUGGAUCAAGAGGGAAAAUUUAACUUGCUUGCCUAUCCAUGGUCUUUGAUGCCCUCUAGUCUCUCGCUUAAGUUGUCAGAGUCUAAUGCAAAGGUUCCAGUUCAAGGUGGUGAUGUAAAUUAUCAAGCACGAGGGAAUGCUGGAUAUGGUGCGUUCAGUGACUAUCCCACUCAUCAGAGUCGUAGAAUUGAGCACUUUAAAGGAAACUGGCUUAUGCCUCCUCUGCCCCCAUCUCACUUUGAAAAUAUAGCUCAUUCAAGGGAGUUGAUGCAGAAACCUAUAUUGGUAGAGGACCACGAGGCUGGAAAAUCUAAAGACUGCAAGCUCUUUGGUAUUCCCCUCUUCAGCAGUUGUGGCACACCAGAGCCAGCUGUAUCUCAUCAAUACAUGAAGAAUGAGCCAGUGGGCCACAUGCAUCACCAAUUUCAUGCGCCUGAAUCUGAUCCCAAGUCAGAUCUAUCUAAGAGCCCAAAAUUAGCAGAUGAUAGUGCUGGUGUUUGUGAGCCAGAGAAACCGUCACAGGUUUGUCAGCCUCAUGUAAAGGAUGUUCGUAGCAAGUUUCAGAGUGGAUCAUCUAGGAGUUGUACAAAGGUUCACAAGCAGGGAAUUGCACUUGGUAGGUCUGUGGACCUUUCAAAGUUCAACAAUUAUGAGGAAUUGAUUGCUGAAUUAGAUCAGUUGUUUGAAUUUUGUGGUGAGCUGAUGGCUCCAAAAAAGAACUGGCUCAUUAUAUACACUGAUGAUGAGGGUGACAUUAUGCUCGUUGGAGACGAUCCCUGGCCGGAAUUUUGUGGCAUGGUCCGCAAAAUUUUCAUCUAUACCAGGGAGGAGGUCCAGAAGAUGAAACCAGGGUCAUUACUUUCAAAGGGUGACGAGAACCUAUCCGUCGGGGAAGGUGCAGAUGCAAAAGAAGUGAAACAUCAAUCAUUCCCUUCAGCAUGUAAUGGUGAAAAUUGUUAGGAAAUGGCUUCCAUGGAUUCUGGGCUUUGGGUGGUGUAUUAGAGAGAUUCGUCAGCCAUUCUUGGUUGGAAAUAUGCAGUAAUAGAGAUGGAUAAGAGUCUGCAGCAAUAUAAACGGCACUCAUAUCCAAUUUUGGACAUGGUGUGUGGUCAGACCUAUAUAAAUGCAUUAUAAUGUGUAGCUCGAAUAUUGAGCAUGGCAAUUCUAGGCUUUGCUUGAGUAAGCAUGGUAUCACCUCUUGUACAUAGUCAGUCAUAAAUGUAAGCAGCAGUGUAAGUGUAUACAGCGUGUCAUGUCAUUUUGGAUAAUCAUAAAAUCAGCUUGUAACCCCGCAAUUAGUUGGUUUUCUUGCUUCA